AUGUUUUGUGUUGAUUGAUUCUAGAUAUGGCAGAUGCAGCGGUGAACUUUCUGUUGGAGAACUUGUUGCAGCUGUUAAGUGAUCAUAUAAAUCUGAUUCAUGGAUUAGACGAUGAAUUCAACAGUCUGUUAGAAGAAGUUCAACGCCUCAAAGUGUUGGUUGACGAUGCUUGUAAAUUCCAAAACGAUAACGAUACUUCAAUGGUGAAGGAGGUUCAAAUAAUUAUACACAGAGUUGAGGAUUUAACUGAUAAAUUUUUGGUUCAAGCAAAGCUACACCAACAAGGGAGUAUAGCCAAAAGAUUUCAUAGCACAAUAAUUAGCGAUUUUGCAAUUCAAAUCAGAAAAAUCAAUGACGAUCUCAAGAUAUUCCAUCAAAAUAAUAAACAAGCUUUUACCACUAACAUAACUGUUCACAUUCCUAAAAUAACCCAACGAAUAACCCAGGGUGAGGAUGAUGAAGUGGUGGGUUUUGAUGAGGAAGCUCAGCAAGUGAUGAAACGACUUGUUGAAGGACCGAACUGUCUGGAUAUUAUCCCAGUGGUGGGUAUGCCCGGACUUGGAAAAAGCACACUAGCAAGAAAAAUCUACAAUGAAUUUGAGUUUUCAUAUGAAUUUUUCAGCAUUGUUUGGGUUUAUGUUGGUCGCGAAUACAAAAUAAAGGAUACUUGUGUUCGGAUUCUGAAAUGCUUCGAAAAAAGCAUAGAAGAAGAUGUCAUGAAUGGGGAUGUGGAUGCAUUAGGUAAGGCAAUAAGAGAUGCGAUACGAGACAGAGGAGGGAGAUGUCUUAUUGUUUUAGAUGAUGUGUGGGAAGCAGAAGUUGUUGAUGUUGUAAAGAGAGUUUUGCCGGGAAACAAUAAGGGGCAUCGGAUCAUGAUGACAACGCGUCACGCGAAUCUGGCUUCCUAUGCUAAUCCAGGUCCUUAUUAUAUGAAACCAUUGCAUGCAGAACAAAGUUUUGAAUUGUUGGUAAAUAGAGCUUUUGGCAAUGGAAACUCAUGUCCUGUUGAGUUUGUUGAACUUGGACAAAGCAUUGCACAUAAAUGCAACGGAAUACCACUUCAAAUAGUGCUGAUUGCAGGAAUAUUAAGAGGUCUUACAGACAGAAGAUACUGGGAAAGGGUUGACAAGAAUUUGUCACAAUUAUAUCAUCUUUAUGAUGAAGAGGAUAAAUAUCGUGGUGUAUUUGUAGAGAUGAGUUACAAUCAUCUGCCUCAAGACGUGCAGACGUGCUUUUUAUACUGUGGUGUCUUUCCUCAGGGAUUUGAUAUCCCUGCCUGGAAAUUGAUUCGUUUGUGGAUAGCGGAAGGGUUGAUAAAGCCCCAACAGUCGCCAUACACUCUUGAGGAGAUAGCAGAGUUUUAUCUGAACCAUCUCGUUCAAAGGAAUUUAGUGAUAUUGUCCCAAAAGAGGUCUGAUGGUCAAAUAAAAACAUGUCGUCUUCACGACCUAUUGCAUGAGUUUUGCAGAGACGAAGCUAGUAAGAAAUGGCUUUUUCAACAUGUACGUCCAACACCUGAUCAUCAUAACUAUCUUCGUUCUAUACAGGACUUAGAUGCUUGCCGUAGAUUGUCUAUUCAACCAUCUGAUAUCUCUGAAUUUCUCUCCACAAAACCUUUUGCAGAACAUGUAAGAUCUUUCUAUUGUUUUUCCUCAAAACAAAAGCCAAUCAACUUGUCUACUAUGGAAACCAAAUUCAUUCACAAUGCAUUUCCACUUAUUAGAGUCGUGGAUGUUGAAUCUAUCAAUUUUAAAUUCUCCCCAUACUUCAACCAAUUAUUUCAUUUGAGGUAUAUUGCUAUCUCGGGUGACAUUAAGGCCCUUCCUCCGCCCUUUGGUAAUUUCUGGAAUUUACAAACUCUUAUAAUCAAUACAAGUACCUCAGAGCCCACUCUUGACGUAAAAGCAGACCUAUGGAACUUGUUACAGUUGAGGCAUCUCCACACCAACAUACCUGCAAAAUUGCCAUCCCCGACUACCACGACAGGUAAACCUUCUUGUCUACAAACUCUUUCCAUGGUUGCACCAGAAAGUUGCGAGGAACAAGUGCUAGCAAAGGCGUGUAAUGUGAAAAAAUUGAGCAUUCGAGGGCAAAUGGAGGCUUUUCUUGGUGCUUACAAGGGUGGUAUCAACAAUCUUGAAGAGCUUAAGCGCCUGGAACAUUUAAAACUGUUGAAUGAUGUUCCUCAUUACAUGAAUAAAACAGUUCAACUUCCUGCAACAUUCUUCAGACUUGUACGUACUGUGAAGAAGUUAACUUUGAGAAACACAAGGUUUUCAUGGAGUGAGGCAGAAAAAUUAGGGCAAUUGGAAUCCCUUGAGGUUCUAAAGUUGAAAGAAAAUGCAUUCGUGGGUGAUACUUGGAAGCCGGAGUUGGGAGGUUUUUGCAAACUCCGGGUAUUGUGGAUCGAGAGGGCAGAAUUAGAAACUUGGGAGGCGUCUAAUCUUAACUACCCCAUCCUUAGGAACCUUGUUCUUGUCUCUUGUGAUAAGCUCAACGCUGUACCAGUUGAGCUGGCUGAUAUACCUAAUCUUCGCGAGAUGAAGUUGGAGAACACAAUCAAAGCGGUCAAAUCUGCAAAAGAUAUACUGGAACGUAAGAAAUCUAAAGACGAAAAAUUCAAGUGCAGCAUAUUCCCUCGUGAUGCUGAUCACAGUGAAGUUGAAAGGAGAGAACUUUGAGAUUGAGCUUUCUCAAAGCAAGCCAGGGAUCAUCACACAAAUAGCUAGCGGAGAGUAUUUCAAAUAAGGCUAACUCUGUUGCAUUUCGAGUUCCCCCUUUGUGUGGAAGCCACAGACAAAUAACUGUUUUGCAUCUUAUCCUAUUUUGUUAUGGUUGUAUUUGCUUUGUUUUCAUUUGUGUAAAUAAUCUAUUGUAAGUUUCUUUUGCAAUACUAGUUUGAAUCGUGAAAUAUGCAGUGUUAUUGA